UAAGAGAACUGCAAUAUAUACUCUGUUAGUUCUAACGCGAAACCGAAAGUGUCAACAUCGUUUAGUAAAGUGAAAAAAAAAAUAUAGAAAUAAUAAAAAUGGUACAAGAAUUUUUGCAAGUUACCUACGAUGCCAACAACAAAAUCUGGACAUCAUCGCAUUAUCCCUACAAGGAGCAAAUUAAAGGCUCUAUGGGAGAACGAUUUUUGAAGACAAUGCGCAGCAUUGACCCCAAUAAAAUCAUUGAUCAAUUCUACGAUACUAAUAAACAGAAAACCGCCAAAGAGGUUUACGAGCAAUCGAUUGCAGUGGCGAAGAAUAUGCAACGUUUGGGUAUUAAGAAGGGCGAUGUUGUGGUCUUUUUCUCCAUGAACAAUGAAGAUGUAGCAGUGCUAACAAUGGGUUGUAUUUUGAUUGGUGCCCUGGUGAAUUAUUUCGAAGUAUUUAUGGAGGGAGAACACAUCGAUUACGUUUUUGACAUUGUAAAACCCACAAUUGUCUUAUAUGAAGAAAAGCAUAAAACUAAAUGCUUGCAAUCCCUCGAACGUACAAAACUUAAAUCCUGCAAAUAUGUCUUAUCGAUCGAUGGCCAAGAGCAACCAAAUAUUAAAUCCGAAUUACUAACAUAUGAUGGUGUCAUUGACUAUGAUAAAUUUGAAAGUGUGGAAGUUAAAGAUCCCCAAAAUGAGUUGUGCUUUUUGGCGCUGACCUCAGGUUCGACGGGCAUUCCUAAAGUUGUGCAAAUCACUCAUACAUUAAUGCUGCACGGUAUACAUAUCUGGUGGGAUAAUAAAAACCAUUAUGAACCCUUGAACUCGGAAACAGUGGUCUUCUCCUUUAGUCCCUUGAGAUGGAUCAGCCAAUGUGCUAUGCUUUUGGAAUCCAUGUUAAUGGGCAUUAAACGUGUUAGUUCUUGUGGUGCGCCUACGGGAAAAUAUGGUCUGGAAGUCUUACGUAAAUCUCAAAUAAGUCAUAUAUUUGUGGCACCCUCUAUAUUCUAUAAUAUUCUAUUGGAAUUAGAGGAUCAGGAUGUAGAGUCAUUGAAAUCUUUAAAAUUAAUAUUGCUGGGUGGUGAACCGGCCUCAAAGGUUUUGUUGGAUUUGGCCAAGAAACAUUGUGUUAACGCCAAGGUAUAUCAAUGUUAUGGCAUGACUGAAAUGACCAGCUGUAUAUCUAAUGAUGAAGAUAUAAAUGGUGGCAAAUUGCUGCCAGGCUAUCAAAUGCAAAUAUUGGAUGACCAGUGUAAACCAUUGGGUCCUAAUCAAAAGGGGCAAAUAGCUUUGAAGCCUCCAUUUUCCUUGAAGGGCUAUAAGAGCAUUGAUUGUCAGAAGUAUUACAAUGAUCAGGGUAUGUUUAUAAAUGGCGAUUAUGGUGUAAUAGACGACCAAGGCAAUUUGCAUGUUUUGGCUAGAUAUAAAGAUUUGAUUUAUUCAAAUAAUUUAACUCUCAUACCUAAUCCUUUGGAGCAUACUGUUAUGGAAUUGCCGGAAAUUUGUGUAGCACGUUUGGCUGGUUAUCGCAAGUCACCGGAGGAUUGCAAUGAAAUUGGUGCCUUUUUUGUGGUGCUUAAUCAAGGUGUCACGACACCACAAGCUGAGAUCUCUAAGAAUAUUUUUAAACUUUUAAAAUCUCAUUUGACGGCCGAAGAAUUGGCGGUUAUACAAGAUAUUUAUUAUGUGGAGUCUGUACCUGUUACUACCUGUGGCAAGGUUGAUCGUGUGGCUUUAAAGAAUUUGGCUUUGAAGAAAUCACAAAUUAAAUAGAUUUUUAAAUAGAAUUAUAAGCUUAUAUUGAGGUACAAAUAGCUUUAUGUACAAUAGUUUUGAUUUUAGAGAAUAAAAAAAUACUUUACAACA